CAAAACUGAAAGCAGAAAAAGUUAACCGACCAAACAUCACAGUUGCACAGAGGAAAUGCUUUUAGAGGCAGGGAGGCAAAAGAACACAGAAGAACACCACAAGUAACAUGUUGUGAUACAAAGAAACACCAGACAUGAGCCUCCAGGUUUGCCACUGUGGCUGGUCCAAAGUGACGAGUUACCACGGCUUGAGAACUCACCAGGGGAAGAUGGGAUGCACGCCAAGGGGUGUGAAAGUUGAAGAGAGCGAACAGCAGUACUUGUGGGGAGCUCAGGCGUUUUCAAAGGAAUUCAGUCUGGAUGGCUACAUCUCUGUCAAGACUGACUAUUCAGAAACAAGCCUCCAGGUUUGCCACUGUGGCUGGUCCAAAGUGACGACUUACCAUGGCCUGCGAACUCACCAGGGCAUGAUGGGAUGCCAGCUGAAGGGAAUUAAGAUCCUAAAGCAAGAGCAGUAUGAUCGGAAGAGUCAGUGGGAAGAAGUGGAUCAAAGGAAACUUCAGCCAGUUAAGAGAACUACUGUCAAGAAGGAGAAUGCGCCAUCUGCACUAAGCACCAAUGUCCGUACCAGCUUUGUAGAAAGGACAGCCACAAUCAAGGAGGAAUACAAAUCACCUCAACGUGAUCCACGAUGGUCUUCUCAUAGAGCCAGAAACUCAACUAGUACGCAGCUGAAUGUAUCCGUCAGAGAGAAUCCAACACCAACAUACCUGGAAGACUGGACGCUUCAAACAUUACCAAAGAUAGCAGACAGUAGAAGGAUUGCAGAAAAUUCGAGCAUGGACAGGCCUGUGAAUUUUGCAACUACAGCAGCCACAGUGAAGGAGGAGCCCAAAUCACCUUUAGCAAUUCAACGAUGGUCUUCUCAAAGAAUCACCAACUCAAAGUCAGGCCGUCAGGCACAGGAUUUGUCCGUUGGUGUGCAGGUGACUAGAUCGGUCAGGGAGUGUCCAAAUAUUCCUCCCCCGGCACCAGUAGUCCAACCUAUGGAGAAAGACAUGAGGGCUCAAACAUUAUCACAUAGUUUGGUCAGAGAGUGGCCAACGACCACAUACCCAGCAACAGUAGUCCGACCUAAGGAAAGACACCAGAAGAAUCAAACCUCACAGAAUGUGCCAGUGUCACCAAGCAUCCACUCAGGUUUAGCAAUUCAACGGCGAUCUUCUCAAAGUAACGCCAACUCAAAGUCAGGCCGUCAGGCACAUGAUUUGUCCACUGGUGUGCAGGUGAAUAGAGCUAGCAGGGAGUGUCCAACAACUCCAACAACAGUUGUCCAGCCUAAGGAGAAUGACACGAAGGAUCCAACAUUGUCACAAGCAAGGCAAGAGACCGUUAAAUCUGAAUUACAGCAGAAAAUAAAGCUGCAAGAGGAGAAAAUGAGUGAAAUCAGAGAGUGGACAGAGAGAGCCUGUGAGAGUGUCCAAGAUAUAGUGCGUACCAACACCCCAAUAAAUUCUACAGCAGCAGAGACCACAACAAAAGAGGAUCCCAAAUCAUCGUAUGAAACUGCACCGCCUGUUUUUUCCACUGGCAUGAAGGUGAAGAGUUUUGUCAGGGAGUGCCCAACAACCACAUACCCAGCAACAGUAGACCAACCUAAGGGAAAACACAGUGAAGAUCAAACAUUAUCACAGGUGAAUAGAUCGGUCAGGGAACGUCCAAAAAUUGCUCCCCGGGUAUCACUAGUCCAACCUAAGGAGAAAGACAUGAAUGAUCAAACAUUAUCACAGGGGAUGAGUUCGGUCAUGGAGCACCCAAUGACCACACACCCAGCAACAGUAGUCCAACCUAAAGAAAGACACCAGAAGAAUCAAACAUUAUCACAGGUGACUGGAUUGGUCGGCGAUCAUCUGACACCAACAUACACUGUAGCAGUUGUCCAACCAAACAAGGAAGACAGGAAUGAUCAAAGAUUAUCACAGAUGAAUAGAGCUAGCAGGGAGCAUCCAACAAAUCCACCUUUGACAACAGUUGUCCAGCCUAAGGACAAUGACAGAGAGGAUCCAACAUUGUCACAAAGUGUCCCAGAUUCAACAAGUGCCAAUGCCCAGAAAAAUUCUACAGCAGCAGAAACCACAACAAAGGAGGAUCCCAAAUCAUUGUGUGAAACUGAACAGCCUGAUUUCUCCACUGGCAUGAAGGUGAAGGAUCUGGCCCGGAUGUUUUUAGCUACUACAACCCAGGACACAGCAGUCCAACGAAAGGGAGAUCGAAGAGAGGAACGAAAACUAUCACAGGUGAAGCAUUUAGCCCAGGAGACUGCAGAUACCACAGGCCAGAACAUGACAGUCCAACCAAAGGAGAAAGACAGGGAGGUUAAAGAAAUAUCACAGGGGAAGAGUUUGGUCAGGGAGCACCCAACGACCACAGACCCAGCAACAGUAGUCCGACCUAUGGAAAGGCACCAGAAGAAUCAAACAUUAUCACAGGACAUGACAGUCCAACCAAAAGAGAAAGACAGGGAGGUCCAAAACAUAUCACAGAAUGUGCCAGAUUCAACAAGUGCCACCACCCAAUUUAAUCCUGCAUCAGCAGAAGCCACAACCGAGGAGGAUCCUAAAUUAUCGUGUGAAACUGCACAGCCCCCAGAUUUCUCCACUGGUUUGAAGGUGAAGGAAUUGGCCCAGAUGUUUUCAACCCAGGAAACAGCAGUCCAACCAAAAAGGAAACACGGAGAGGAACAAAAACUAUCACAGGCAAAGGUCAUUGCCAAGAAACUUUCAGCUACCAUAGCCCAGCAAAAGGAGAAAGACAAGGAGAAUCAAAACAUAUCACAGAACGUGCUAGAUUCAACAAGUGGCACCACCCAAAUGAAUCCUGCAACAGCACAAGCAACAACUGUGCAGGAUCCUACAUCAUCGUGUGAAACUGCACAGCUCCCAGAUUUCUCCACUGGUCUGAAGGUGAAGGACUUGGCCCAGAUGUUUUCAUCUACCACAACACAGGAAACAGACGUCCAGCCAAAGAGGAAACACAGAGCGGAACGGAGACCAUCACAGGUGAAGCUUAUAGCCAGGAAGCUUUCAGCUGCCACAGCCCAGGACACAGCUGUCCACCCAAAACAGAGAGACAAGUGGAUGUAAAGCUGGACCCAACCACUGCACACAGAUGCCUUGUUUCUGCUGAUGGGAAGAAAGGGACUAACAGAGAACCAGGAAGCUCCGGGGAGGAGAAGAUUGACCUUUGGGAAAUCAUACUAGGACGUUGUUGUCAGCAACAAGAAAGGAUGGGACCUGGCUGUAGCAAGAGAUGAUGCAAACCGCAGGGGAGAAUUCUCCUUGAAGAAAAAAUCUGCUUGCAUGUUGUUUUCUUUCUUUUUUAAACCAAUAUCAAGUUAAUCUUUAAAGUAAAGUAUGUUACUUUUGAUAGAAGAUAGAGUAUGGUAUUCCUUUUACUAAUAAAAAGCUAAAUGUGCGGAAAUAAAACACACCGUUGCUCGAUACCUUCGAGUUUUGCUGGCUUUACUUGCUGUGAUGCUUUUUGAACAUAUGACUUAAUAUUAAAACCCCUCAUAUUGUGA